AUGUCUAAACCUAAGCCCGGAGCAGGAUCUUUAAAAGAUAUAGAGGUUAAGCGGAGAGAGGUUUUCAAACCGAUUCUAGAUAACCCGUACACUAAGGGUUACGAGUGGCCUUCUAUAGAUCUAGAAACAUCAAAAACCAUCACCGAAUUUCUUGUUCAGCUUCUCUCAAGCUAUGGAAAGUACAUUGCGCUUAAAAAGCUGGGCGCCCACCAAAUGGCAGAAAAACCGGAUAUUUGUGACAAGUUGACUGUCGGUUUCAACGCCACAGUCAAGAAGCUUGAAGACCAGGCGGCUCCGAACAGAGCUAAGCUCUUCACUGGAAUAAAGAAGCAGAAAAGAUCAAGUAUUGCUGGUUCCAAGAGCUAUGUGAAGUAUGUUUUUGUUACAAAGAAUGACAUAUCCACACCUUUGCUCACGAACAGUUUCCCUCUAUUAACUUUUUGUGCUUCACAGUCUAACGAGAAUCGUGUAAAACUUGUGGAGUUACCUCGUGGGUCCAUGGCUAAAUUACUGAAAGCAUUAAACACGGACAAUGUGGGGUUUUUGUCCUUGACAGACGAUUGGACAGAAGGAAAGGAUAUGUUUAACUUGAUCAACUCUCGCGUUGGAAAUGUGGAGGUGCCAUGGCUUCUGAGCUUAUUUGACGAACACCCAAGUCUUGGCAAUCUUUACGAAAGACCAGCAAUCAAAUUCUUGAAAACUGCAGCGCCCGUUGGGAAAUCCAGGGCGAAACAGAAGAAAGGCAAAGAGGCACAGGAGGAGCAGAAGAAGAGAGAAGAAAAGAAAAACGAAGAAAAGGCACGAGGAACCAAACGGCAACGGGAAUAG